CCGAACUCUUGAGUUGGGGCAAUCGGCUUUGAGUAAUGGAAAAACAAGCCAUUUCCAGCCGAACCUUAUCAUUUCUGCUUCUUGUGCUGAUAUUUUGUUGUGUUGAAGUGAACUAUGCUUUCAUUGACUACGACAAUGGAGGUGGCGUUGUGGAAGGGAAGUUGAAUGUUCACCUGGUUGCUCACUCGCACGACGAUGUUGGCUGGUUAAAGACUGUCGAUCAGUACUAUAUUGGUUCAAACACCAGUAUUCAGCGAGCGUGUGUGCAGAAUGUGCUUGAUUCAGCUGUUGAUUCUUUGCUUCGUGAUACAAACAGGAAGUUUGUGUUCGCUGAAAUGGCAUUUUUCCAGCGAUGGUGGUCAGAACAAAGUCCCAAACUCCAAAGACUAGUGAGAAAACUUGUGGAAGCCGGCCAGUUGGAAUUCGUAAAUGGAGGUUGGUGCAUGCAUGAUGAAGCAACAACCCAUUACAUAGACAUGAUCGACCAAACGACUCUUGGGCACAGUAUGAUAAAGAAGGAGUUCAACAAGGUUCCUCGUGCCGGAUGGCAAAUUGAUCCGUUUGGUCACUCUGCCGUGCAAGCUUACUUACUUGGUGCUGAGGUUGGUUUUGACUCUGUACAUUUUUGGAGGAUUGAUUAUCAGGAUAAGGAGAAGCGCGAGGUAGAUAAAUCUCUAGAAGUUGUAUGGCAUGGCUCUAAAACAUUUGGUUCUUCAUCUCAGAUUUUUGUAAAUACCUUCCCUGAUAGUUACGAUGCUCCUUCUGGUUUUCACUUUGAAGUAACAGACGAUUUCUUUCCUAUUCAGGAUGAUCCUUUACUUUAUGACUACAACGUUGACCAGCGUGUUAAUGAUUUUAUAGAUGCUGCUCUGGCCCAAGCAAGUAUCACCAGGACUAAUCAUAUCAUGUGGAAAAUGGGUGGUGAUUUCCAGUACCAAUACGCUGAGUCCUGGUUCAGGCAAAUGGAUAAGUUGAUUCACCAUGUUAGAAAGGACGGUCGGAUUAAUGCUCUGUAUUCAACACCAUCCAUAUACACUGAUGCAAAACAUGCAGCAAAUGAGACAUGGCCAUUGAAAACGGAUGAUUUUUUUCCGUAUGCUGAUUAUGCACAUGCGUAUUGGACUGGCUUCUAUACAAGUCGCCCAGCCUUGAAACGAUUCGUCAGGAUGCUGAGUGGAUAUUACUUGGCAGCACGACAGCUCGAAUUCCUGGUUGGGAGGAGAUCCGGUGGCCCCAAUACUUAUAGUCUUGGUGAUGCUUUGGGGAUCGCACAGCACCAUGAUGCAGUGACUGGGACUGCUAAGCAGCAUACUACAGAUGAUUAUAUGAAACGGCUUGCUGCAGGAUCCUCUGAGGCAGAUGCAGUGGUGAAUUCUGCUCUGUUUUGCUUAGGGCAAAAUAAGUCGGGGGCUGACUGUGAGAAAUCAAAUAUACUAAGCCAGUGUCCAUUGCUCAAUAUAAGUUACUGCCCACCGACAGAGCAAGAAAUUGAAGGGAAUAGUUUGGUCGUGGUGGUGUACAACCCUCUUGGAUGGAUUCGUAAUGAUAUCAUUAGGAUACCAGUUUAUGAUGCCGAUCUUGUUGUCCAAGAUACCUCAGGCGAAAUCAUUGAGACGCAAUUUGUUCCCAUCGAUAAAGUCACAAAAGACAUAAGCAAGUUGUAUGUGAAGGCUUACUUGGGACUGCCAAGGGGACAAUUUCCCAAGUACUGGCUUCUGUUUCAAGUAUCAGUUCCUCAACUUGGAUGGAACACGUACUUUAUUUCUAAAGGAAGCAGUGGAGGUCAAAGAAGAUUCAGUUUUCUUUCCACAGGCAGUUGGAAGGAUACCAUUGAAGUUGGGCCUGGCAAUUUGAAGAUGGUCCUUUCUUCUGGCGAACUCGAACGCAUGUACAAUUCAAAAACUGGGGUUAAUGUACCGAUACAACAAAACUAUCUAUGGUAUUCUUCAUCUACAGAUUACGAACAGGCGUCUGGUGCAUAUAUUUUUAGGCCUGAAGGGGAACCAAAUAUCGUUUCUAGAUCAGCUCCUGUGGAAGUCAUUCGUGGACCGCUAGUUGAUGAGGUCCGCCAACAGUUCAGUCCAUGGAUCUACCAGGUCAUUAGACUUUACAAAGACAGAGAGCAUGCUGAAUUUGAAUUCACAGUUGGUCCAAUUCCAACGGAUAAGGAUGGGGAUUAUUAUGAUUAUUAUUAUUAUGAUGGAAAGGAGAUCAUCACAAGAAUGACGACAAACAUGGUUACAGAUAAAGCAUUUUACACCGAUUCAAACGGGAGAGACUUUUUAAAGCGGGUUCGGGAUUAUAGGCAAGACUGGAAUCUUUCUGUCCAUGAACCAGUGGCAGCAAACUAUUAUCCGCUCAAUCUUGGAAUUUACACUGCCGAUAAAAAGACUGAAUUAUCUGUGUUGGUAGAUCGUGCCACCGGAGCAGCCAGCAUUAAAGAUGGACAAGUGGAGUUAAUGCUUCAUAGGCGUACACCCUACGACGAUGGUAGAGGAGUAGGGGAACCUCUUAAUGAAGAAGUGUGUGUCGAUGGUGAAUGUGAAGGAUUAACGGUGAGAGGAAAUUAUUACGUGAACAUCAACAACCUGGGUUCUGGAGCCCGUUGGCGACGAAAAACAGGCCAAGAAAUUUACUCGCCGCUUCUCUUAGCUUUUGCGCACGAGAAUAAAGAGAGCUGGAUUGCAUCUAAGGUGACCAAAUCAACAACAAUGGACCCAUACUACACCUUGCCUCUCAAUGUUGCCUUGAUUACUCUUCAGGAGUUGGACGAUGGAAGUGUUCUUGUCCGCUUGGCACAUCUAUACGAGGCCGGAGAAGAUCCUACAUAUUCAACAUUGGCUAAGGUGGAACUGAAGAGAAUGUUCUUUGGAAAAAAGAUAAAAGAGGUGAAGGAGAUGAGUUUAUCAGCAAACCAGUUGAAAUCAGAGAUGAAAAAGAAGUCGUGGAAAGUUGAGGGAGAUGACAGAUCCAAUGAAACACCACUCAGAGGUGGCCCUAUUCACCAAUCGUCUCAUGUUGUGGAGUUGGGCCCAAUGGAGAUUCGCACUUUCACAUUGAAAUUUUGAAUAAAAAUUUCAUCUUCUUGUAAUUUACUCAAAAUAAUAUCAGCAAUAAGGCUGAGAAUUUGAGAUCACUUCCUCAAAUUCUUAUCAAUGUUCUAUCUAUAAUAAUCGUUUUAUGAAAGCCCUUAUUGUUCAAUAA